AAAAAUGUCUGCCAUGGGACGGCACCCUUAAAGGCGCCUCGCGAGAGUCGCGAGUCUCGUGACUCGCGGUGACGUAUCGCACCGCCGAACACACGUGUAGGUGUACAUCUCGCACGAUGAUAAAAUCAUUCUCAAGAACGAUAUUGUCGGGUAUUCGUAAUCCCGUCCAGAGCUACGCAACGAGACAUUCCGGCGAUUUCGUGAAGGUGGUCGAGGUUGGACCAAGAGAUGGCUUGCAAAAUGAGAAGAAGAUCGUGUCGACUCGAGUCAAAGUCGAUUUCAUUAACAGGCUAUCCGCGACGGGAUUGCGCAGCAUUGAGGUUACGAGCUUCGUUUCGCCUAAAUGGGUGCCUCAGAUGGCGGACAACUCGCAGGUUUUCGAGCAAAUUGAGAAAAAAGACGGAGUAUCCUAUCCGGUGCUUGUACCGAAUCUGAAAGGCUUGGAGAGCGCUGUCGCGGCAGGCGCGAGGGAAAUCGCCGUGUUCGGCGCGGCGUCGGAGGCCUUCUCCAGGGCGAACACCAACUGCACCAUCGAGGAGAGCGUGAGGAACUUCAGGGGGGUGGUCGAGGAGGCGGGGAGGCACGGCAUCAGGACCCGGGGUUACGUGUCCUGCAUCGUCGGCUGCCCUUACGAGGGCGAUACCAAACCGGCCGUCACGGCGCACCUGGCCUCGGUGAUGCUGGAUCUCGGGUGCUACGAGAUCUCGCUGGGCGACACCAUCGGCGUGGGCUCGCCGAGGAGGAUCAAACGCGUGCUGCACGAGCUGCUCCACGUGUCGUCGAGCGACAUGGGCCGCUACGCGUUGCACUGCCACGACACCUACGGCCAGGCCUUGGCGAACGUGCACGCCGGUCUCGAGGACGGCAUCCGGGUCUUCGACUCGUCGGUGGCUGGACUCGGUGGAUGCCCGUACGCCGCUGGCGCCUCGGGAAACGUCGCCACGGAGGAUCUUCUGUAUCUCCUACGGGGCCAGGGAUUCGACACUGGCGUUGAUUUUGACAAAAUAGUGGAGAUCGGUGAUUACAUAAGUAAAGAGCUAGGCAGAGCGAAUCAGUCGAGGACUGGUGUGGCUGUGCUUGCCAAGAGGAAUCGCCAAAGAUGCUAAUCGAUAUUUGAUAUUUCAGGGUGCUUUCCAGCAAAAAAGAUAUAUUAGAUAUAAUCACACGUUUGGCUGUUAAAUAGAAAAUUUUCUGGAGCUUUGGAAAUGUUUUAUUCCUUGAUGCAAUGUCCAUAUGCAUUCUCUUACUGGAAAGCAUCCUUGCAUCCAUACAAGUUUAAUAAAAGCAAGGCGAAACCAAAGCAUUUUAAGACUUCCAAAACUGUAUAUAUAAUAUGUAUAUAUAAUUACUGAUAUAUUUUUAUAUGUUUAUAUAAAUGGGAAUUUUAUGAUAUUGUACAUUGAAGAUCUUAAAAAAUAUAUAUAUAUUACAUA